CACACAUACACACACACACACACACACACACACACACACAGGGGGGUAACAUGGCAUCAGACCCGCCCGUCUUGACAGAGCAGCAGGAGCUGCAGAGGAGAGCCAAUCAGGUCACAGAUGAGUCUCUGGAAAGCACGAGGCGGAUGAUGCAGCUGGUGGAGGAGAGUAAAGACGCCGGGAUCAGAGCUUUGGUGAUGCUCGAUGAACAAGGAGAGCAGCUGGAGCGUGUCGAGGAAGGCAUGGACGCCGUCAACAGGGACAUGAGGGAGGCGGAGAAGAACCUGACGGACAUGGCCGCUUGCUGUGGUCUGUGCUUCUGGCCAAUCAGGAAACUCAAGGCCUUCGAGGAGAGCGGGGCCUACAAGGCGGUGUGGGGCGGAGCCUCCGGUCAGGACGGCGUCGUGUCCAAUCAGCCGCCGUCGUCGCGCGUCGUCGACGAGCGGGAGCAGAUGAUCAUGAGCGGAGGAUACAUACGGAGGGUGACCGACGACGCCCGCGAGGACGAGAUGGAGGAGAACCUGGCUCACGUCGGGAGCAUCGUGGGGAACCUGAAGAGCAUGGCCCUGGACAUGGGCAACGAGAUCAACUCGCAGAACGACCAGAUCGACCGCAUCGAGGGCAAGGCCAUCCUCAACGUGUCCCGCAUCGACGCCGCCAACCAGAAAGCGAAUAACCUCAUGAAACGAUAGUUCACUCUGUUCCCAUGAACUCAUAAACCUCUUCUUUUUUUAAAAAGUUGAUGAAGAAGAAAACAAAUCCUGUAACGCUACAGUUCAUAUCGCCCACGGAGUGUCAGGGGCCACAUUGAGGGAACAAAAUAAAAGUGCGACUUGGAGAAUAAAGUCGUAAUAUUACAAUAAUAAAGUCGUGAUUUUACCAGAACAUUUGUCAUUUUAUUUAAUAUUACAUUACGGAAAAUAAACAGCGUCCCAGGAAACAGGUGUGAGCCCUGACUACAUUCCUCUGGUGUGGUGUCAAACUGACAACAGGAACGUUGAUGUCAAGUUAUCAAUGUUACACCUUUAUUAAACACUUUUGCUCGUUGAUCCAGACUGCAGUUACAGAGUCACAAAGUUUUACCAGGUUCCUCAUUUUAACGCAUGGGACUGAUCUUCUGACAACACGCCACUAAAACCACAGAGAGACCAAAUAUACGACUUUAUUAUGGUAUAAUGACCUUUUUUCUUGUAAUAGUACGACUUUAUACUCUUAAUACUAUGACUUUAGUCACAGAAAUGUACGACUUUAUUCUCGGGAAAAUUACAAGAAUGAAAUCGUAAAUUUGCGAAAAAUGAAAUUAGCCUUAUUCUCAUAAUGUUAUUACUAUCCACACAAAUUAAUGACUUUAUUCUCGUAAAUUUACAACUUUUUUCUUGCAAUAUUAUGACUUUUUCUUCUUGUAAUAUUACGACUUUAUUCACAGAAAUUUACAACCUUAUUCUCGUAAAAUUAUGACUUUUCUU